AUGAAGAAAAACAAAAUUUAUUUUUAUUUCUUUUUUUGUUUUGCUGCUGCUGAGGCCUUCCAGGUGUACGUACACCCAAGCGCCUCCCCUGCGCUGCUGUGCAGCAGCAGCAGCAGCAGCAGCAGAGUUCGUAGCAGCAGCAGCAGAGUCCGCAGCAGCAGCAGCCCUCUAGCCCGAGGCAGCGUUUCACAGGCACAGCAACGAGCAGCAGCAGUAGCGUCUCCAACUGCAGUAGCAUCAGCAGCAACAACAGCAGCAGCAGCAGCAACAGCAGCAGCAGCAGCAGCAGCGCAAGAAGUGGAUGUGUCUUUAGUCAAGAAGCUGCGGCAGCUAACAGCAGCAGGAUACAGCAGCUGCUUCAAGGCGCUGCAGCAAAGCAGCGGCGAUUUGAAGCGGGCUGUGCAGCUGCUGCGGCAGCAGGGAGCAGCAGACGCAGCAGCAGCAGCAGCAGCAGCUGCUGCUGCUGCUGGAGGCAGCAGCGACCAGGCCCGCGCUGCGGCACUCACAGAAGGGGUUAUUGCCAUCCACCGAAUGGAAGCAGCCCCAGCAGCAGCAGCAGCAACAGCAGCAGCAGCAGCAAAACCAGCAGCAGCAGCAGCAACAGUAGAACGUGUUGCUGCUGUUCAUGUGGCCUGCAGCACGGACUUUGUGAGCCGCAGCGAAGUCUUCCGCGCAGCAGCAAAACGUGCUGCUGCUGCUGCAUGCAGGUCUGCCGAAUUUAGCGCAGCAGCAGCAGCAGCAGCAGCAGAGCCGCCGCAGCAGCAGCAACGGCUGCUGCUGCAGCGCCUGCUGGCCCUGCCUGUAGAAAGCGCGUACCCGUCUGCUGCAGCAGCAGCAGCAGCAGCAGCGUCCCCUGCAGCAGCAGCAGAAGCAACAGCAGCAGAAACAGCAGCAGCAGGAGCAGCGGCAGCACCAGCAGCGGCAGACGCAGCAGCAGAAGCAGCAGCAGCAGCAGCAACAGUGGGAGAAGACUUGGCUUUUGUCUCUCGAAUUGUGGGGGAAGCAGCAGCACUGCAGCAAGUGACCCUCAGGGAGACGAUCCCGGGAUCGGGGAUCGUCUCCUCCUACUGCCACCAGCCAGCAGCAGCAGCAGCAGAUGUGGGGCCCCUAGCUGUUUUGCUGCACCUCUCCUACACCCGCCAGCAGCAGCAGCAGCAGCAGCAGCAGGAGCAGCAGGAGUUCGAGCAGCAGCUGCGGCAGUUCGGAAAGCAGCUCUGCAUGCAUAUUGCAGCAGCAAAGCCCAUCGCAGUGAGUGUCGAAGACCUGCCCCCAGACUUGGUGGCCCAGGAGCAGCAGUAUGCGCUGGCUAGCCUCAGCAGCAGCAGCAGCAGCAGCAGCAAGAGCAGCAGCAGCAGCAAGAGCAGCAGCAGCAGCAAGGGCAGCAGCAGCAGCAAAGAAAUGCCGGAAGCGCUUAAGCGGAAGAUCCUCGAGGGCAAAAUGAGCAAGUGGUACAAGGAGACAGUCCUCCUCAAACAG